UUAGUUAAUCAAAAGAUUAGACACGAGAUCAAUGGGCAACGAGAAGAAGUCAACCUCAAGAAAAAGUGAUAAAUGGCUGAACCAAUCGCCACGAAUCAAGGAUAUCGGAGACAAGAUUGAGAAGACAACGGGAGUUAAACGCGUUUAUGUGGCACAGGGUAUCAUUGGUUUGACCGCUCUUUAUAUGAUAUUUGGUUAUUUCGCCGAACUAUUGUGUAAUGCCGUUGGCUUUGUAUACCCGGCCUAUGCUUCUAUUAAAGCACUGGAGAGUCCAAACAAAGAAGAUGACACCAAAUGGUUGACCUAUUGGGUCGUCUUCGCGCUCUUCUCUGUCGUCGAGUUCUUCUCCGACGUUAUCUUCAGUUGGUUUCCUCUCUAUUGGUUGGUUAAGGUUGUAUUCCUUGUUUGGUGUUUUCUUCCGUUUCAAAAUAAUGGUUCCACUUAUGUCUACACUCGGAUCAUACGUCCAUUUUUCUUGAAGAAUCGUCCGACUUUGGACAGUGCUCUGUCAUCUGCAGCCGGAAAGGCUAAAGGAUUGGCUAAUGAAGUCUAUGAUGCUGUCAAACACGAUUGAAAGUUUUCAUAGAAAAUAUAAUCUCAAAUGAAUAUAUUAAAAAUUUAAGAUUGUAUUUUAUAUUAUCGUAUAUUUACUGUAUGUAUAAUCGGUAUUACUUUAUAUGUAUAUGAUAUAUUCUAAUCAUUUAAAUUGGUUUAUUUCAUAGAAACUAACUUUAUUAUUAUUAUUAUUACCAUUACCAAUAAUCAUUAUAUAUAUAUAUAUAUACAUACAGUAUUUUUAUUAGUUAUUAUUUAGAUUAGUGCACAAAAUUUUUAAUUACCGUACAGUAACACAUUAUUUGUGCCAAAAUUUUAUUGAAUUUAUAAAAAUGAUCUUAUAUUCAGCUAAAAAAUAGUUUUGCCACAAGUUUUUUCAUUAAUAUUUACGGAUUGCCUUUAAAAUUGUGGUUUUUAAUGGUGUGAAUUUUGAAAAUUAUUUUUAAAUGUUAAGUUAGAUUAAUUGAAAUUAAAGUACAAUAUAGAGCCGUCUCAGUCAAUAUUUGUCGUUUCAAAUGAGUACUCGUUAUUUAAUUUUUUAUUUCAGUAAAUUUAAAACUUCUAUACAGCAGAUUGUUUAGUGACUAAAUUUUGUGAUUACUUGCAAUAAAAAGGUUAAUCACUUAUUUGACAAAUUAAAGAAAGUUUUGAUUUCUAAUAAUUUUUAAAUUUUAAUGUAGUUUCCAAUGAAUGUAUGUUUUCUAUGAUA